AUAUUAGGUGUAAUAAAAAUCGUGAAUAUUAUGUUUCAAGAUGAAAAGAUACGUAAACUUUUUGAACAAAUUUUACAUGACUGGGAAGUUUGGCAUAAUGAACCGCAAAUAAAACUACUUGAACAAUUUGCUGAAGAAGGGAGAAGAAUCAAUUAUAUCUACGCAGUUGCUGUUUGUGCUUCUGCUUCCUCUUAUACGAUUUUUGGACUUGCUCCUUAUAUUUAUUAUUCAUUUGUUCCAAACUCUAAUAAAUCACGAGAAUCAUAUCAAGUACCAGAAAAAUACGUCCCUUCUAAUGGGGGUUACAUUUAUAUAUCCAUAGCUUACAAUUUGCUUUCUUUGUGGACAAAUUCCAUCAUAUUCAUAACUGCUGAUUCAAUUUAUUUUUCUCUUGUUCAGCACUCUUGUGGACUUUUCGCAGCAGUUGGUAAUCGGUUUGAAGCCAUUGGUAAAAAGUAUUCUGGAAGCACAAAAAUGAGCGAUAUCUUGUACUGUAUUCUUAAAUACAACAGUGCAUUAAAAUUUGCAGCUGAACUAAAUGAAAUUUACUCCAUCUACUUCUUCUUUACUGUGGGCAUUAAUGCUGCCAACAUAAUAUUUGCCGCCUCACAGACAAUAAUACAUUUUGAAAGCAGCACUGAAACGGUGAAAUUUGGCAAUUACGGGAUACUUAUGGUGGGACUUUUCUUCCUCAACAGUUUUCCUGCCCAAAAAUUAAUUGAUCGAAGCUUCAAAAUUACCCAGAAUAUUUAUAAUAGCAAUUGGUAUGAAAUGCCAACUUCAAUACGAAAGUCUCUUUUUAUUGUGUUACUGAGAGCUUCUAACCUGUGUACAAUUAAUGUCGGAAAAAUUUGCAUACUGUCGUUGCAAACAUUUAGUACGGUUGUUCGAACGACAGUCUCCAUGUGUAUGAUGAUAUUAUCCCUAAGAUAA